AUGGCCCCAGGAAUCUCUCUUGAAGAGCCAAAAGACGGCAGCUAUAGCCGGUCCGCCUGCUCCGAAUGCCAGCGUCGUAAGCAAAAGUGCAAUCGGGAAUGGCCAUGCAACCACUGUCAGAAGCGCAAGGUGGCCGACAAGUGCCAGUUCAACCCAGAUCCUCCGCCCAUCAGUGCCUGGACGCCGUCUACUGAAGUCAAGCGGAAGCGCGAGCAGAGCUACGCCGAGACGGAGAAUGACGAUGAGUUUGAUGACGGCGAAGGCAUCGAUGCCGUGGGUUACACGGCCUCGCAUCUGUUCGCCAACCUGGGCCUUGGUCCUGAUGUUGAUGGCAAGAAGAGCAAGACUCCGAAGCAAUACUACCUGGACCCCAAAACGAGCCCGCAGCUUCAGCGCGCUCUCCAGACCCUCCCCCCGAGACCAUAUAUCGACUCGAUGAUCCAGAACUUUCUCAGCAACGUCAAUUACUACUACUACAUCGUGUACCCGCCCAACUUCCUCACAGAGUACCAUGAAUGGUGGGCCGACCGUGCCGCCAACCGGCCGCUUGGCCUUCCAUGGACCUGUCUCCUCAUCAUGGUCUGCGCUUGUUCGGUCCAGCACACUGACGCAGAGAUGGGCGCCAGUCUCGAGGCCGACCUUGGCCGCACCGUUCAGCAACUGACAGAUCUCUACCACGACGCCGCGCGUGAGCUUCACAGCGCCAUUCCCGUUGGCAACACGCACAUGUUUACGGUGCAGUACCUCUUGCAUUCGUGCUACUGGUUCAAGGCCGAGGCACGCUUUGUCGAGUGCUGGCACGUCUUGGGUGCGGCCAUUCGCGAGGGACAGAACCUUGUAAGACCAGACCUGCAUCGGGAAGCCACAGGAAUCCCUGACUUUGAGCGCGAGAUGCGUCGCCGCCUCUGGUGCCUCCUGGAUGCCUGGGACUGGCUCGUCUCGGCUCUGCUCGCGCGCCCCAUGCUCAUCGAUCGCUCCGACUGCGACGUUGGCCUCCCGAGCUUGACGCUCGAGGAUUACCCGACCUCGCCGCUGCUUCACAUGAAGCUGCAAUCCGAGCUCGUCGCCCGCAUCUUCAAGCGCUUCGGUCCUCCCAAGUACCUGACGGAUCCCAAUGACAUUUUCGAGUACCAAGACAUCCUCGAGAGCUGGAUGCAGACAUUCCCGCCGUCGUACGCCUUUGUCGACACGGACCGCCAGCAGGAGGUCAAGUACCCCUGGAUUGCCCUCCAUCGACACUACGUCCACACCAUCGCCUUCUCCGUCACGCUCGGCCCGCUGCGGCCGCACAUGGCCAAGACGGUGACCAAGGACACGCCCGAGGUGGAGCUGACGCUGCGCAGCAACGGCGUCAAGUACGCCCUCAAGCUCAUGGGCGCCGUGCACGAGUUCUUCGAGUACGUCUGGUCGCGCGACACGACGUUUCACUUUGUGCCCUUUUGCAUCUUCGACACGGCGACGCUGCUCGUGUCGGCCGUGCUGCACGACGAGGCCGGCACCCUGCCGCGCAAGGACGAGGUCACAAAGGCCAUCGACCUGGCGCUGCACACGCUCAAGAGGCUCACGACCGCCACCGAGACGGCCAAGACGCCCUACGACAUCCUCCGCCGGCUCUCGAGCAAGCUGCCGCGCGCCCACGGCGCCCUCCGGGGCGCGGACACCAACCAGCGCAAGAAGCUCAAGGUUCUCGAGGCGCCGCUGGCCGUGCCGCCUGCGCAGCAGCAGCAGCCUGCCGUCGCGGGCUUUACGUACGGUACCGACCCCAACCAGUUCCCGGGGUACAUGUACCCGCCUUCGGAGGAUUCAGGCAUCGGCAACGGCGGCACCGGGUCCAACAAUACGCACUCGCCUGCCACGGCCUCGAGCUCGGAUGGGUCCGGCCUCGCCACGGUGUAUCCCAAUGCAAACGGCAACGGGCACAUCCACCACCACCACCAGCAGCCUCACCAGAUGAACGGGCAUCCCCAGGCUGGACCUCCUCAGGUUGGGCUUCCGCAGGUCGGACCUCCGCAAGUCGUGCCAGGACAGUAUGCCGACUCGUGGGCUAUGCCCAACGUCGAGCUGCCAGCCCAGCCGGCGGGCAUGCCGAUGCAGGAUAUGGGCUACGGCAUGAUCACGGAUGCCGAGCUGGCGAACCUUGGAGAUCUGGGAACCAUGUGGCACUGGCAGGGCCUCAACCUGGAUUUCACCGGGAACACAAUGAUGUAG